UUCAGCCAGCACAGAGCAGUUGGAGGAACAUGGCCGCAGCACAUUUAGCUAGCAGUAUAGCUUUUUCUCUCAACCGAAGGUCAGACCGGGUCUAACACACGGGAUUUAACAGAGCACGGGCGACGGAAAGUUUCACAUCGUAGAAGAGGUGGAUGAAGGGUUGCCCUCCCAGCAGCCAUGAUGCCCUGAAGAGCUGACUGGAGUCUGGUCUAGAACCGAGACGCUGAUAUGCAGUGAGGAUGAGUGGCGUUGGUGAAAACCCCUCGAACCCUGCUGCCAGGGCCGAGUCGCGGAAACGCAAAGAAUGUUCCUCUGACCUGCUGGGUCCCAGCCCCAAACAAAGCAUCGAGAAGAGAAACCGUGAGCAUGAGAACAAGUACAUCGAGGAGCUGGCCGAGCUGAUCUUUGCUAACUUCAACGACAUCGACGACUUCAACGUCAAACCAGACAAAUGUGCUAUCCUGAAGGAGACUGUCAAACAGAUACGGCAGAUCAAAGAGCAAGAGAAAGCAGCCGCGGCAAAUGAGGAGGAGGUACAAAAGGCGGAUGUGUCGUCGACGGGCCAAUCCGUCAUCGACAAGGAUGCUCUCGGACCAAUGAUGCUGGAGGCCCUGGAUGGAUUCUUCUUCGUGGUAAAUAUGGAGGGUAACAUAGUGUUUGUGUCUGAGAACGUGACCCAGUACCUGCUGUAUAACCAGGAGGAGCUGAUGAACACCAGCGUCUACAGCGUCCUGCACGUAGGAGACCACGCUGAGUUCAUCAAGAACCUGCUGCCCAAGAGCCUGGUGAACGGGGUGCCAUGGUCCAGUGAAGGUCCCAGGAGGAACAGUCACACGUUUAACUGUCGUAUGCUGGUCAACCCUCACAGUGACAACCAGGACGAGACCAACGACCACGAGGGACAGAGAUAUAAACCCAUGCAGUGUUUCGCUGUCUCCGAACCCAAGAGCAUCAAGGAGGAGGCAGAAGACUUCCAGUCAUGUCUGAUCUGUGUGGCACGCAGGAUGCCCAUGAAGGCGCGGCCAAUUCUUCCCGCGCACGAGAGCUUCACCACCCGCCAGGACCUGCAAGGUAAGAUCACGUCACUAGACACCAGUCUUCUGAGAGCCUCUAUGAAGCCUGGCUGGGAAGAUCUGGUGAGGAGAAGCAUCCAGAGGUUUCACCUACAGAACGACGGAGAGAUGUCCUUCGCCAAGAGACACCAACAAGAGGUGUUGCGUCACGGCCAGGCAUUCAGCCCCAUCUACAGGUUCUCUCUGUCGGACGGGACCAUCGUGUCGGCUCACACCAAGAGCAAGCUUGUCCGUUCCCCUGCCACCAGCGAACCCCAGCUCUACAUGUCUCUACACCUGCUACAGAGAGAGCAGUCAGUGUGUGGUAUGGGGCCGGGUCAGGACAUGGGGCCCGGUGGACAGGGCCAGCAGGGGACAGUGAUGGGCCCCGGCCCCAAACCAAUGGCCCCCAACCCCUCAAUGACACCUCCAACCCCGGGGACAAUAUCUGGCCUGGUGCCCCAGGGGCAGGACACCACGAUCAGCUCUAACAGCACGCCCUUCUCCCUUCCGCAUGGAGGUCCAGGGUCCAGAGAACCAGGGCUCGGAGCCGUGGGGUCCGGGUCUGGACACAUGCAGGGCUACCGUUACAGCUGCCCUCCCCAGCCCAUGGGCUACCCCGGAGGGAUGCAGGGCGGCAUGGGCAUGAACCCCACCAACCACCCCCUCCAGCAAGGGGCUAAUUGGAGGAUGAGCAGCCCGUCUCGAAGCAGCCCUAGCCCAGCUGGAGGCCCACAUCUGGGGCAACAGAACUCGAUGCUGUCCCCUAGGCACCGGGCGAGUCCAGGGUUGGCAGGGAGCCCUCGCGUGGCCCCAAGCCUGCACUCGCCCUCCCCUGUGGGGAUGUGUGGGUCUGGAACAGUGGUUGGAGUAGGAGGUAGCGGUCCUGCGGCUAACAGUCUUGCUAACAGCUACACCAGUAGUUCUCUGUCGGCACUGCAGGCCUUGAGUGAGUGUCACGGGGUCGGACACGGCGGUUGCGUGCACCCACAAAUUCAUGGCGCCGGGGGGCAUUCGCACACACACACCCUGGGGUCACCGGACACGAAGAUGAUGGGGUCGCCAGUCGGAGUCACGAUGGGGGCAGGGGUCAACCCUCACAUGAUGUCGAAGCUUGGCGGUGGCGCUAACAUGGAUCCUCACGGAGAGCAGGGUGGACAGUACGACCAGAGACAGAUGGACAGACAGACUGACGGGAACAGUAGUGGCGGUAACCACGGUGACAUCAAAGAGGAGAGGGACGGCUCAAACGACGGCCCCAACGCGCAGAGCCGUGUCCUCCACGACAACAAGGGCCACACCAAACUACUCCAGCUCCUCACCACCAAGUCCGAACCCCUCGACACCCCCUCGUCUCCCAACGGAGGAGGAGACCCCAAGGACCCCUCCUCAGGGCUUGGGGGCCCUCAUGGUGCAGGGGCCCCGGGGGGCCACGCUACAUCCCUGAAGGAGAAACACAAAAUACUCCACAGGCUGCUCCAGAACAGCACCUCUCCUGUCGACCUGGCCAAGCUCACCGCUGAGGCCACCGGCAAGGAGCUGGGAGAGCAGGGGGGUAACGUCAACAUCCAGGGGGGUACAGGAGGGGGUACAGAUGGGAACCUCACCUCCAAACAGGAGCCCCUGAGUCCCAAGAAGAAGGACAAUGCACUGCUGAGGUACCUGCUGGAUGAAGAGGAAGGGGGCAUGAAGGAGAGGCAGGCUAGGAUGGAGGGAGGAGGAGAGGUAAAGACGGAAAUGAAACACCCCCUCCAUGUGAAGACUGAGAAACAGGACACAGGAUAUGAUCGCUCUGAGCAGUCGUCAGAGCUGGAUGAUAUCCUAGAUGAGCUGCAGUGUGCCCAGCCCCAGCUGUUCGGUGAGCCACGGCCCGUCUCUCUGCCUUCCUCCCUGGACAAACAGACCAUCAUCAACGACAUACUCCACAUCACCCAGGAAACCAGCCCUGCCAACGCCAUGGCAACACAGCAGCAGCAGAGAGGCAUGGGGCCAGGCAACUAUGGUGGUGCCAGAGGGCCGGAGGGCCAGGGGCCAGCUAGGGGCCUCCCUGUGAGGAGUGUAUCCCUGGACAUGAAAGUGUCAGGGGUCCCCCAGGGCCAAUAUCCACCUGUGGGAACCCUCAGCCCCUACACGCUCCUACAACAGCAGCAGGGAAUGCUGGCAAACCACACCGCCAUGAUGUCUAACCAGGCCAACCUCUCAGGUCAGUUGGAUGGUCCUCGGCAGGGAAUGCAGCAGGAGGGGAGUUGGGGUCCUGGGGGCCCAGGUCAGAGCGGGUCAGCAUCAGUCCGUCCUCCAGGGGUCCCAGGUCAGCAGGGGACGACGCUCGGCCGUAUGGGGCCAAGCCCCGGAGGCCCUAUGAGACCCAACAGUCAGCCCGGCCCUGGACCCAGACAGAUGCUGCAGUCUCAGAUGAUGGCCAACGACAUGGGUAUGGGGCCCCACCAGUUCUCCCAGCAACAGGCUCCACCCAAUCAGACGGCUCCGUGGCCAGACAGCGUGAUGCCUAUCGAGCAAACCACCUUCAAUCAGAACAGGUCUCUGUAUGCCUCCCAGCAGCAGCAGGAGGUGUUGUGUGGGGUUCCGGGGCCCAGUGGUCAGAGUCAGGGGCCUGGUGGUCCUGGUGAUGGGGGUGGUAGUGAUGAGGGGGCUCUCCUGUCCCAGCUCUACACCGUGUUAAAGGACUUUGAUGGCCUGGAGGAGAUAGACAGAGCCCUGGGGAUACCUACUCUGAUGGGACAGGGUCAGUCUGUAGAUCAGGAUCAGUUCUCUUCAGACCCGUCCAUGUUGUUGGACCAGAAGCCUCCAGUGUACGGCCAGCAGCACCAGCAGGAACCGCCACCUGGCUCCCAUCUAGCCCAGAGAGGGUACCACGGCCCUGGGCCCGGCGGACCCAUGCAGGACCCCACACCUGGCUCCCUUCUAGCCCAGAGAGGGUACCAUGGCCCUGGGCCCAGCGGACCCAUGCAGGACCCCACAGGUCAAGGUUUCCACCCAAUGGCUGGCCAGAUGGGCCCCAGACCAGGAUACCCCAUCAUGAGGCUGAGGCCCCAAGCGGUGGUUCCUAACCAGCCUAAUACACUGAGGUUACAGCUGCAGCACCGGCUACAGAAUCGCCAACCAAUGAUGAACCAGAUGAGUGGAGUGUCCAAUAUGAACCAAAAUCUACAAUCCAACAACCCCAACCAGGGGACCAUCAAUGCACAGAUGUUGGCACAACGGCAGAGAGAACUUCUCAAUAACCACCUGCGGCAGCGCCAGCUGGAGCACCAGAGACAACAGCAGCAGCAGCAGCAGAUCACGGCGCAGCAGCAGAGGAACACGGUGAUGAGAGCCCAGGGACUCAACCUACCUCCCAAUAUGGCCGCCGCCGCGGCUGCUGCAAGUGGCCUAUCGGGAGGCCUGAGUAACCCUCGGAUCCCACAGACCACCAACCCCCAGCAGUUCCCCUUCCCACCCAGCUACGGUACCAGUACAGGCCCGGCCCUGGCCACACCCCCUCCUCCCCACCCCUCUACCAGCCCCUUCUCCUCCCUCUCGCCCAGCCUACCCACCUCUCCCCCCCCCCACCAAGCCCUGCAUGGCUCUCCUUCCUCCCAGAUGAUGAUGAUGAUGGGGGGAUCAGGACAGUUUGGGGCCGUAGUCAGCCCUCAUGUACAGCAGCUCAGUGCCUUUCAGUUCCCAAACUCAGGUAUGUCCCAGCAGCCUGACGGAGGGUUUGGUGGUCAGGCCACGCCCCAGAGUCCCCUGUUGUCCCCUAGGAUGGCCCAUGCCCAGUCACCCAUGAUGCAACAGCAGAGCCAGGGCAGCUCCACUUUCCAGGCGUCGCCUGACAUGAACGGUUGGCCGCCCCAGGGGAACAUGGGAGGAAACAGUAUGUUCAGUACUCAGCAGUCUCCGCCCCAGUUCACCCAGCAGCAGCAGACCAACGGGGGCGCAGCCAUGUACAACGGCAACGGAAUGAACCUCAACGUCUCCAUGGCUACCAACGCCAGCGGCAUGGCCCCAGUGGGUCAGAUGGCCGGACAGAUGGUCACCUCGCCUGGGAUGACCUCAAUGGGACAGGAACAGAAAUACUGCUGACCCUGGUGGAGCGUGUAGCCAACCAGCACCUUAAUGCUAACACCCAGGAUCCAAUGAGCUCGCUGGUUCAUCUUCAACCACCCAACCAAUCUACCAACGGCUCUUUGAGUGAACCUGGCAGUGCCCUGACCCAGCUCUGCCCAACCAAGCCUGACCUCUGACUUCACCCACCUGGCAUAAAGUGUUCCUCACAUCUAUCCCUACUGGGGGGGGGGUCUCACCCAGGACCCAAGGAGAGUGGGGGGAUGGAGGAAAGAUUGGACUUUUUGACGUGUUCCAAAUGGCACCCUGUUCCCUAUAUAGGGCCCUGGUUGAAAGGAAAGCAGUACACAGGGAAGAGGGAGGCAACCCUAAAACGCCUAACCCCUCCUUAAAGGAGAACCCAUGAGCCAGCCUGUCUCUGUCCAGCUGCAUUCACCGUAGUGUGACUUACUGUAGGCCCCUCCCCCUCUAUUGUAGGUCCCUCCCCCUAUGGGUUGAUUGACUGUAGGCCCCUCCCCAUCUGCCUGGAGGCCCACCCCCUCUGGGUAGGCCCUGUGGAGUCCCCCCCGCCUGGGUUGACUGACUGUACGCCCCUCCCCCCUCUAAGUUGGCCCCUCCCCCUCUGGGUUGACCUACUGUACGCCCCUUUAAGUUGGCCCCACCCCCCCUCUAAGUUGGUCCCUCCCCCUAUGGGUUGACCUACUGUACGCCCCUCCCCCCUCUAAGUUGUCCCCUCCCCCCUCUAAGUUGUCCCCUCCCCCUCUGGUUUGACUGACUGAGUACUGGUGGCAGCGGUGGGAUCCUCGUCAGAUGAAUGUAUUCCUCUCUAUGGACAGUGGCCAUUUUGCAAUCUGAUCUCAUCUCAAACAAUUUAUAUAUAUAUAUAUUUUUCCUGAUCCCUCUGAUGUUCUAGAACAUUCCUCUCAUGUUCCACAAUGGCAUCAAACUGACUCUCAACGUUUACUUUUUGGAUUCUGGAGGACAGCGGAGGGAGCGGAGCAGCCAACUAAUUUCAGCCAUUUUUGCCUUUUCGCUCUUUGUUUUUGUUUUCCGGAUGGUGAUGAUGAUGAUGAUGAUGAUGACUACAGAUGUGUAGGAUAAAGACAAAUGUUUUUUUUUUUUAAACACUGCAGAUUAUUGGUUUGGCUGAAAUUAUGCUUUGUAUGAUAAUUAGACUAAUUUAGUCAAGAGGUUUAUAGUUUAUUAAAUUAAGUUUUAUUUUUGUGUUUCAGAUUUUUUUAAAUUAUCUUAGAUGAUUUCUUUAUUAUCGUAGCAAACAACAAGACUUUUUCUAAUGUGGUGAAAGUGCGUAAAAAGAGGCACUUUGUGUCAUUUUAAACUCGGCGGUUAAACUCUUUCUGUAAAGACUACUAUAGUCUAUCACAUUGAAAUAUUACGGAUUUGACUUUGGUUCAGUAGUUUCAUCAGAGGUUGUU